UUCACUGUCGCAAGUUGACAGGGGCACUAUUAAGCAUUACAUCGGCUUAUUAUCUGAUGAACACUACUAGAGUACAGACAACUUUUCAGUACCUCUGAUCAAGAUCAACAAGGAAACAUCUCAAGUGCAUAGUGCAUCGAAGAACUGAAGCUGCACUAAUUUCCUCUGGAGUAAAGCGGCCAAUGAGCCCGUAAAAGAGAAACAGGUUGGUUCGUGAUUUCGACUCGAGAGGGAAUUACAGUGAGAACUCAUCGCCAACGUGACGCGAGUGAGAACUCAGCGCCAGUGCGACGAGAGGAGCUCAUCGCCAACGCGACGCGAGUGAGAACCCGACGCCAGAGCGACGCAAGGGAGAACGUGAACAAGCCAGCGCGUGCCCAACCGCGGUCAUCGAAGUCGUCGGUGUUCAACUUUCUGGUGGAGCCGCUUGUCAAAGGACGUCGUCAAAGGACAACGUCAAAGGGCAGCGUCAAAGGAAACAAAGAGUGUUUCAUCCUGCCGGUAAUCAAAGAGAGUUGUUAAGUGCUCCCAACGACAAGCACAUUUAAGCCAAGUUAAAUGUGAAGAUUGGAAGUAGCCAUAACAACUUUUUGAGUUUCAGCAUUCAGUUGGAUUGUGCACAGUUUAAGUUAAGGAUAUUAAUAUUUCAUUUCAUUAAGGAAGUUGAAAUAUAAUAAGGUUAAAUGUGACACCGGGUUGUGUGUCAUUAAUUCUGAGAACUGUUUAGUUAUAAAUUGCCUAUUUUCAGGGAUUCUAAGUUUAAGAAGUUUCUCUCAUUUUAGUGUCUUUGAACACAUAAGAUGAAAGGUUGAAUUGUUUCAAAGCAAUUUAUCCAACAAGUCACUUUAAUUUGCAACCAAAUCAAGCUAAUUAAUCGUAUUUACAAUUGCUGUGAUUUCUUAAUUCUGAAGUUUCAUUUGAAUUAAUAUAUUAAAACUCGAAAUUUUAUUUAAAUUAUAUCCUAAAAAUGGAUGACAAAGACAUUGCAACUGAAAUCCAAGACCCAGAUGGUACUCCUAGAAAUGAAGAAGAGUCUGUACACGAUGAACUCUUAGAAGCAAGCCCUGCAAAGGAAGAUGAAGUUGAUACAGAAACCAGUGAAGCUGAAGGUCUGGAACUCCAUAAGGAAAAAAUAAGGAAACUUCAGCGUUAUUUUGACAAAUCCUAUGAGAGAUGGAAAGUUCUUGCUAAACAGGCCAAAAAGGUACUCUCUUCACCUCACUCAAGCAAUGUUCUACAAGAGCUCAAGAAUAAAAUCUACACGGCUGAUUUGGAAGUAAAAGAACGCUAUGAGGAUGUUCGUCAACACAGUGUCCCGAACGGAGACACCCGCCGUCGGGUGGACACCUGCGAGGCUGUGUCAAGGCAGAUUGCAGAACGGGUGCAUGUGUUACUGCACGGAAACAGAGAUCAGUGUUUACCUACAGUACAAGCACGAUGGAGUAAUGCUGGCUCAGUGUUCUCAUCAUAAGACCGAGUGUCCAUGUUGAGCAGAUCAGUCUCCAGAUCUGUUUCAAGACGAUCAAGCCAGUCUUCCACAAGGAAACAAGAAGCAGAAGCAGAGUUAGCUGCAACUAAAGCCACCUUGGAAGUUCUAGAAGAAAUGGAACAAGAAGAAAGGGAGCUUGAAAGGCUUGAGGCAGAGAACAGGAGGAAGUUAGUACAACAAGAAGCAGAAAAUGCGGAAAGAAAUAAGUUGUUAGAAGAGAAGCACAGACAGUUAAAACGCUUGGAAGCAACUAAAAGAAUGAAUGCUGCAAAGGCAAGACUGCAGGUUUAUGAACAAGACGCGGUCAUAGAUGAAGAGAUAUUGGAUCUUCUCCAUAGCCAUAAAUCAUCAGAGCCUUCACCUAAACCGAACGUCCUUCCAAGGCACAACACUUAUUCACAGCCUGCUAGAGAAUUCCCAUCUACAAGCCAUGAAGUGGCUCGUCCUACUUUUCAAGAAAAUAGCACAAUUAUGCUUGCCGAAGCGAUAGCAGAGUCCAUAAACGCAAGCCGUCUUCCUGUGCCAGAGCCACCUGUCUUUAGCGGAGACCCAAUAAGAUACAAGGACUGGAAAAUAUCAUUCCAAACCCUCAUAGGCCGGAAGAACAUUCCUGUAAAUGAAAAGAUUUACUUCCUCCGCAAGUAUGUUGCAGGACCUGCAAGGAAAGCAAUUGAGAGUUAUUUCCUGGUGGGCACAGAGAAAGCCUAUGAUUCAGGGUGGCAAAUAUUGGAAGAACGAUACGGCAAUUCCUUUGUGGUCGCUAAAACUUUCCGCGACAAGCUAAAUUCGUGGACAAGGAUAGGACCCAAAGACAGUGUUGAAUUGAGGGAAUUUGCAGACUUCUUUCGAGGGUGUGAAGCAGCAAUGAGCAAUAUUAUGAGUCUUGAAAUUCUAAACGACUGCAGUGAAAAUCAAAGAAUGCUCAGUAAGCUACCUGACUGGCUCACUGCCAGGUGGAAUAGAAAGGUCAUAGAAUAUGAAGAAGAAACACAAACCUUUCCAAAUUUCAGCAGUUUUGCUGAGUUUGUGUCUAGAGAAGCCAAAAUUGCUUGCAAUCCGAUGACUUCACUUUAUGCUCUGAAGAGUGAUUCUGAAAGAACAAAGCCAUCUAAGGUCCAAAAUGUUGGUGCAAGGGUGCUAGCAAGUGCAUCAGAAGAGAAACCAUACAUUGAAGGACAAAAGGGCGAUGUUAAGAGAUGCAUGGUUUGUGAGAAGACAAACCAUGGCAUUCAGACAUGUAGGAAGUUAAUGGAGAAACCUGUCAAAGAGCGAGUUACGUUUGUGCAAACAAAUAAAUUGUGUUUUGCAUGUUUAAGGCCAGGACACAACUCAAAGAACUGCGAAAGUAGAAGUGUUUGCAACGUGUGCAAGGACAAACAUCCCACGUGCUUGCACGAAGACCGCACCAAGACGGACGAAAGGGUCCAAGUUGAUGGACAAAAGGAGAGUGGAAAAACCUCUAUAGAAAAGGAAAGGUCAAAGGAGCCAGAAAAUAGUGAAACAGAGUCUACAACUAAUGUGAUAACAAGCACAGCUAUGUCAAAUCAAGUGAUGGGCAAUAGGGAUAGCAGAUAUGCAUCCACAAUCGUGCCAGUCUGGCUGUCAACAACACGUAACCCAGAAACUGAAGUUCUAGUUUACGCUCUUCUAGACAGUCAGAGCGAUAGCAUGUUCAUCCUACAAUAAAGGGCAGAAACUCUUGAUGCACAGAUGGAGCCUGUGCAAUUAAAGCUUUCAACCCUUGCAUCCAAGCAAACUGUAUUCCCAAGUCACAAGUUAGUUGGGUUGCAGGUCAGAGGCUUUUAUUCCUCAAAGAAAAUUCUUCUUCCCGUGACGUAUUCACGAGGAUUUAUUCCGGCUAGUCUAGGCCAUAUUCCCACAGCUAAAACAGCAAGAGAAUGGCCUCACCUAGAGCACCUUGCUGAAGAAAUCGCUCCUCUAAUAGAAUGCGACGUUGGUUUACUCAUAGGAUACAACUGUUCUCAAGCCCUGGUACCGAGAGAAAUUGUAUCAGGCAAGGAUGAUGAGCCGUUCGCAAUAAAGACCGACCUUGGCUGGAGCAUAGUUGGCUGUGUCAACCCUUGUGUUGAUUAUGGCGACAGAAGCGACACCAUUGGAAGCAGCCACAGAAGUGUUGUAAGACAGGUCACACCAAGUUUACAGUCACCUGGUGACCUAACGAAUCAAGUACAAUACAUAUGUAGAACUCAAGUCAAGGAAGUCAUUGUUCCUGCAGAUGUGCAGAAGGUACUUGAAUCAGAUUUCAGCAAAAGGAAUGUGGAAGAUGAUAAUUUCUCUCAAGAUGACUUUUGUUUCAAUUCUAUCAUGGAGAAGGGCAUGAAGACAAAAGCUAAUGGGCAGAGUGAAAUGCCACAGGCAUUCAAGGAACCGAAGCCGUGUCUGCCUAAUAACUUGAAUCACGCAGAUCAUCGACUCCAGUGUCUGAAAAGACGAUUUGAGAAAGACAAACAGGGAAUCCUCAGGGUGGGAGGUCGGCUGAGGCAUGAUGUUCUACCUGCACAUGGGUGUGUCGGGGAGUUGCGAUUGCUGACCAGUGACUUGACAUUGGAGAAACAAGGGAAACACACUGGAAAUCAGUCUACUUGGAGAGAGCCAUCCAUAAGAUGGUCACUUUGAUUGAAGCGGGGUAAUGCAAUCACAUUUUCUUGCAAUGGUUCUGAUAAUCCAGUGUUGCAUAGGUUAGAGUGAAAUCACAAGUGAUUUGGUGGGAGUGUAGCUGCCAUUCAGGCAGAAUAAAGAAAUAAAUAAUUUACUCUUUGAUCUGGCCGUGUAAUGUGAAGCAUUUAGUUUCUUUGAUAUGGGGUGGGAACUAAAGUUCACUGUCGCAAGUUGACGGGCACUAUUAAGCGUUACAUCGGCUUAUUAUCUGAUGAACACUACUAGAGUACAGACAGCUUUUCAGUACCUCUGAUUAAGAUCAACAAGGAAACAUCUCAAGUGCAUAGUGCAUCGAAGAAUUGAAGCUGAACUAAUUUCCUCUGGAGUAAAGCGGCCAAUGAGGUAAUUUAGUUUGUGUUAUUUGUUAGUUUGCGUUAAUUGACGUAGUUUCUGUUAGUGUAGUUAUGUAUUCAUGUUGUUUAAUAUUUCUGUGUAAAUAUAAUUUGACUUCAUGUAUAUAUUUAUCUGUGCUGUAUGAAAAUGAUCUGACUUUAUGUAUAUUUUCAUCUGUAUUGUUCAGUUCUCACGGCAUUGUCACGGCAUUGUCAAGGCAUUGUCACCGCAUUGUCAAGGCAAAUCAAGGCAUUGUCAAGGCAAAUCAAGUUCUGUGAUUAAAGCCCGUAAAAGAGAAACAGCUUGGUUCGUGAUUUCGACUCGAGGGGGAAUUACAAAACGACUUGUUCCCCUUGAUAUUGUUAUUGAGAUGAUGAUUGUAAUUAUGAUGAUCUUUAAUAUUAAUUACUCCAACUACUGUGGCUGCAACACAUGCUAUCUGCUGCUACCCUGUUGCCAAUCAGUGUUGCAAGUUUUUUGUUCGUUUGUUUACAGGUGGAAAACGUUGUUAGGCAAGGGAAGAUGAGUUGAUGUGCCUCACACCAACACUGACUGUACGUUGAUGAACAUAUAUCGAGACUAUGUCGUUCCGCCCGGGGGCGCCCGAGAGGCUGGGGCUGGAGGCGGUGGUUCGCCUCCAGGCGGACCUUCAGUUCGAUCCCGAGAUCCAACUACGAGCUUUUUAACUGCAGCAACUUUAAAAUACGCCAUUGCAGCUAGAAUUACCGAGGAAAGCGAGAGAAAGCCCGUCUGGAGGCCAUAAUGUCAGGUGAAUAUUUGGCGAGGCUCCGAAGCUUUGCUGUCUGAUAUCACAUUAUCGUAUGCUAUUUUUCCAGUGAUUUUAUAAAUUGUGAUUUAUUGACCUGUUUUGCACAUGCGCCAAUUGUUUUAAAUAAAACAAGAAAUGGAAUCAUGUUGUCCAAAUGUUUUAU